GUUCUUCGCGUGGAAACUACCCGAGAGAUGGGCACCAAUGGGCGGAGCCACAGAUCUCCCCGGCGCCUGUCGAUGAUCCACGAGGAAGCGACGAAGCUCGAGAAAGACACAAUCAAGCUCGAGAAGGAGGCCAAAGACAAGGAGACGAAGCUUGCGAGCAUCCGCGCCGCAUUGGCGAUGGAGCACCGGGUGCGAGAGGAUAUCAGCAAAGAAGCUAAAAGCAAGGGCUCUUGGUGGCAUUCCCCACAGAGAAGCAAAUGCAGUGAUUUGCUAUCAAGAUCAAGGUCGAGCACGAAACCAUUACACGAGCUCAAGACGAUUCGCAGUGGUUCUUCCUGCUCGUUAAGUGCGUCAGAGACCUUACUUCCACUUUGCAUUUACAUCUCAAAUCUUUGUAGCUUUCCAGAGACGACUACCACCGAGAACGAGCUCAUGAGCCGGAUCUGCCAGGACAUGACCAUCGACCAAGACUAUGAUCUCGACAGCACCAGAUAUAACUCGUCGCUCAAGAGAGCAUCCAACAUGCUACUGAGCUCUUUUGGCAGCGAUACAAGUUUCGAAGGAACCAAGCUAAGCCAGUCAUCAUCCUCGGCUAGAGGAACUCCAGUCGACCUGAGCCCGAGAAGGGAUCGGUUCCCGGUGGAGGAGCAGCUAAGCCAGUCGAGCUCGAUGCUUACGGACGAUCCUCGCUGCAUGGGGAUUCAGACAGACCAUUUCUGUCCACCGUCAGUCAUGGAAAACACUGCGGCUCCUCUUCCCCCGAAGCGUGAAAAGACUUACUUCGAGCACGUAAGUUUCCUCUCCUCUUUUGGUUUUAAGUUUGUGUUUGUUUUGGCAGCUCGUUGCGCAAGCUCACAUGAUUCCCAAGAGAUCCCUGUACGAAACAAACAUCUGAUAAUCAGAAAACGUCAACAACAGUUUUGUACCUACCUGGAAGAUUUCGAUCCUGGCCAAUCAAAGCCGCCUUUUAAGUAUAGCUUGUACCGCUCGAUGUAGCUGACAGCCAAGCUCGGUGUCAAGUUCUUGAGAAGUAUGUUCACCAUCUACUUAGUUUUUAGGAAAGAUAUUGUCGUUCGAGCUCGAUAACUAGUUAAAUGCUUGCAAGAUCUUGUAACGAAGCAAAUGUUUCCUCUAAGAGAAGAACUCUGCGAUUGUAGUA